AUGCUUUCUUCCACAGCAUGCUUCACCUUCAUCUUUCUCCUCUGCCAGCUCACAGGGCCAGCAGCCUGUGGAGUACUGAAAAAGCUAGUUGGUGCCCUUGGUGGGUCUGUGAAUUUCCCACUGAAUCUCUCAGCAGAUCCAAUUGACAGCAUUAUCUGGGUCUUCAACACAACCACUCUUGUCACCAUACAGCCAAAGUUGGCAGACAAAAAAGCCCUUAUCAUAGUGACCCAACAUCGUAACAAGGAAAGGGUGAAUUUCCCACAUGAAGGCUACUCCCUGAAGCUCAGCAAACUGAAGAAGAAUGACUCAGGUGUCUACCGUGUGGAGAUACACAGCUCAACCCUCCAGGAUCCCCUAACCCAGGAGUAUGAGCUGCGUGUCUAUGAGCACCUGUCAAAGCCCAAAGUCAUCAUAGGUCUGCAGAACAAUAAGAAUGGCACAUGUAUAACCAAUCUGACAUGUUCCAUGGAACAGGGAGGAGAGGAUGUAACUUACAGCUGGAAGUCCCUGGGACAGGUGACCAAUGAGUCCCAUAGUGGCUCCACCCUCCCCAUAUCCUGGAGGCAGGAGAAAAGUGAUAUGACCUUCAUCUGCAUGGCCAGAAACCCCAUCAGCAGCAACUCCUCAAACCCCAUCUUUGCCUGGAAGCUCUGUGAAGGUGCUGCUGGUGGCCUGGCUACCACUGUGAUCCUCAAACUUCUGUUGUCACUCACCCUGCUCUGUUUCAUUGCACCGGUGCUAAUUAUUUUGAUCAUACGAAGAGAAAGAAGAAAAGAGUCCAUUGAAGAGAAGAAUGGACUGAACCUUCAUCCAGAAACUCUUAACUACUCCCCCACUUUUGGAGAGGCCUCGGAGUAUGACACAAUCUCUUACUUAAAUAGCAUUGUACCAGAGGAAAAUGCAGUAAAUACACUUUAUUCCACUGUGCAAAUACCCCCAAAGGUGGAGAAAUCCCACUCACUGCCCACGUUGCCAGACACACCAAGGAAAUUUACCCAUGAGAAUGUCAACUAA